AAACGCCUUAACACCAGAUCUCAGAGUGGAAGAUCAGCGUGGAACUGCCAGGUCAGGUAUUAAUGCUGCAGCUCUGCUAGAAGCAGGAAUCGUGCAAUCGCUGCUUUCUGGGCUCCCUGCGGCCUUCCCUGCCUGGCACUGAUUCUGGAACUCAAGUGCUACACACAGGAUCAUGCACAGAGCUUUCCUGCUGCAGCCAAAUCUGUCUCUGAGGAUCUAAAAAGACACUGACUGUUGUUAAGACAUGGAAGAACUGAGGAAGAGCCCUGUGGAAUAUAGGAGUAAAGAGCAGCCAGUGAAGACCACAGAAAUAGGCUCACGUUGUGUAGUUUUCACAUAUUACCAGGGGGACAUUAACAGUGUGGUUGACGAGCACUUCUCCAGAGCAUUAAGGAAUACAAAAGACCCUCAAGACUUAAGUACAAAAAAUAGAAGUGAUGAAUUUCUUCCAAAAAACAGCGGUAAUGUGUUGGUGGAAGAUUACACCUGGACAAAGCCCUAUCAAUCCAACCCACCUGUUCAGAUGACAUCUCCUGUAUUAUCACCACUGGGCUCACCGUCUGAACACUACCCAUCCACAGCAGCCUACCAGCAGCACCAGCAGCCGGCAGAUCUCUGGCAUUUCCACCAUUUUGGACCCCCUGCCCAUGUUAAUUCUGUGUAUCACCACCAUUCAGUGCCAGAAUUUCAUAUGGUUCCAGGACCUGAUGGAAAAUGUGGCUCAUUUCUUAAUCUCCUGCAGCCUGAGAGAUAUUCGGGUCAGCUGCAGGAGUCAGCAUCGAAACCUGAUCUCCUCACGUCCGCAGCUACUGGGCCUUCUAUAUCUGAAAAUGUGAAUCAAAGAACUCACACACAAGCAGGUCUUCAUGCCCAGGAAAGAAGAAAGGAGUUUUUCCACGCACAAGAGAGAAGGAAGGAUUUAUAUUUUUAUUAAGUACUUAUUUCAUCUUUGUAAAGCGCUAAGAAGUGACUUUCUGGACAUUUCUGUAGCAUCCGCUGUACAUUGCUAUUGUACAUCAAAGGACAUUUUAAUGAGUUGACCUCCACAUGAAAACGAUGAUUGUUUUGUAGAUAUCUUCUUUAAGGAUGAAAUAAUGGUAUUUCUUUAUUUGAGAGACACUUUACUAAGUUUUUUCUUUUUGAAGUCACACAAGAGUUGUCAUUUGUUAUUAUUUAGCCACUUGGGGGGCAAGCUAAUCAUCUGAAAUCUGUGGAUAGGCAUCAUUC